UCGAUCGUGGACGUGCGAGUUGCAGUGCGUUCGAGCUUGGCGAACGAGGAGAAGAGGAAGAGGAAGUUAAAGAGGAAGAGGGGUGGUCCGCAAGGGCCACGGCCAUGGGGGAGGCAGCAUGUUCUCCGAGCUGUGCAGGGAGACUUUGCGGAAGGCAGCCGUGUGCUACAGUUCUGGUCGUGCAGGAAGUCCAUCACCAUCGCCACCAACGUCUCCGCCGCCAUCUCCCGCCAAAGAAGCAAAGACUACUGCCAACGUUGACCUGGCAAAUGUCCGUGACGCCUGUCACGAAGCCAGAGAUUCAGGGACCAGCGGAAAGAGAUCGCCGCAGCAAUCGACGUCGUCAGGAACGUGUACUACGGAGUUCCGUGACUUCACCGGAAGGAGAUCGCCAACAGCCUCAGGCGACUCCAGGGAGAAGCGUUCAACGGUGUCCGGCGACUUCGGGAAAAGAUUGGGCUGCCCCGAGGCGAGGGACGGGAAGCGCGGCUCGUUUCCGGCAGACGCGAGGGACGGACGAUCGGUGUCCCCGGAAAAGGGACGGCAACAGUACGAAGACAACAGGGGAUCAAGCGGAGGGUACGAGUAUGGCCGACCGGACUCGAGGCUCGGUAGACAGUCCCCAGGGUCUCCGGGAUCGUCGCCCGAACCAGAGGACAACUCCUCAACUUCUGGCGACGAAGCUGGAGCCGCUUCUGAGGAAACUAACCAAAGGUCCAGUUCUGCACACAAUCGCCACUCUCUCACGAAGGAGCAAACGAUGCACUGGUUCGCCCAAAUCGGAGGUGACGAGGCCUCUCCCGAUUCGUCAGAUGUGAAGCGCCGGCAAAGUCUCUACGACGAGGACUCCCUCGAUGGCGACCAUCCUAGCGAGAACGAAGGACGGGACUCGACGGGAAGCGCGAAAGACGUGGACAGGGCGAAGCUCGUCCGUGAGAGACAGAACGAGGAGCGGCAGCGGAAGUUGGAAGAGCUGAGACAGCAGGCCCUCGCCGCGCAACGCUUCCGGGAGCAACGGGAAGAGGAACGCCGAAAGCGUAUCGACGAACUCAGAUCGCGUGACAACGACAGAAGAGAAUUCGAUUGGAUAGUGCCUAAUGUUGCAGCGUUCAAUGGUUUGUUUGCAGAUAUGAGAAUGUCCUCGUCCAUGUACGAGGUGUUCAAUUGGAAUUCUAGCCCUGAUCCUCCCUUAACCCCUGCCAAACAUAAGAGAGCCAGCCUCUCUCUGCCUCCUACAACUGACAUCUUUGCCAUCGAUGAUAAGUCUGAUAGCGACACUAGGCGUCCGAUGAUUCAGCGGGCUGCCAGUGGUGAAGAAAGCGACGGAACACCGGGAACCCCUAGCUCGGUUUAUCUGCGGGUGAACAGGAGACGCACCGAUCUGAUGCCAACGAUACCGUCGCCGCGUGAUGGACCGCCAUCAUCGGGGCGUAGUUCGAGCGCUAAGGCCUUCACACGUUCGCCAGGUAGGACUUACUCCAUGUCCAGGCUGGACCAGCUGGCGCAGCCUAGGAAACGUCCGACAGAACUUAGCACAUUGACGGAACAGCAAAGCCAGCCUCUGAGCGCUUCUAGCAUGAGUCGCAGCAUGUCACAUUUAGCUGCGUCCGGAGGCAAGAGCCUCAAACGCUCAGAUAACUCUCGUAGCAUGGGUACAUUGCCAGGCGCGGUCCCGAUGCCGAGACCAACGAGGGCCGAGAGACUGCGUCGCAAAGCUCGCGAGCAUCAGAACCAACAGCAGCAAGGCAUCCGCAGCGGGGAGGUGACACCCAACAGCCCAUCACGACCGCACAGCUCCAUGAGUCAGCAAAGCGCCAGCAGUGUGGGCAGCAGUAACGUCAAUCUGCGUCCCCGUACAGCUGCCCCGCGUCGACCGCGACCUGCUUCUAUUGCCGGUACCGGUGUUUCGGUCACAGAACGACACAAUCUACUGAGCGAAACGAAGUCGACGAAGGAUUCGAAGCCGCCACUGCCAAAGGUCCAUAGCACUCCAAAGAAAUCGUCUACGCCGAAAGCGACGGAGAUCAAGAAGCCGACGGAGAAGCUGGUGAAGAACGCGAAGGCUUCGCCGCGGAUAACCCCGAAAGCGACGCCGUUGCAGAGUCCCGGCGUUGAGAAUGUUCCGUUGAUCCGCGGCAGCACCGGGGAGAUAAUAAAAUCGGACGGCAAGGAGGACCCGAAGUUGGAGGACAAGCACGAGGAGAAGAAAGACCAGGGCACCGAGAAGACGCAGCAAGAAAUAAACGCCGCGGAGCAGGGUAGCGAAGACGCGAAGAAGCCGGCCAUUAUCGAACAGCCGAGUAUCGUGACCAAGCAGGCGAAGGACGAGUCUAAUUUGAACCAGGAGAACCAGUCGGCUGUACGGUCUCAGGAAGCGCCCAAGUCCCCGAAGAAGGAAGCCGAGGCAAAGCCGGAGAACAUCGCGGAGGAACCGGUGGACAUGUCAGCCUCGAUGAUAGCCAAGAUCCGGAUCACCACGGAAGAGGAGGCUAAGGCAGCUAUAGCCGAGCGCAGAAGAUUAGCCAGGGAACAGGCUGAACGGGAGGCCGAACUUGAACGCCAACGACAGGAAGAGGAAGCCCGUUUAGAGGCUGAGAGAUUGCGCAUCGAGGAAGAGGAGCAACGCCGCUUGGAAGAGGAAACGCUGCGUUUGGCCGAUGCAGCUCGAGAAGCCGAAGAACAGAGACUGAGACUGGCGAUCGAGGAAGCGAAACGUCGCGAGGAGGAGGAUAGGAGAAAAAGGGAGGAGGAGGCUCGUCAGAAACUAGAGAAAGAAGAGGCCGAGCGAAAAGCGAGAGAAGAAGCGGAAAGACAAUGGAUCGAAAUGGCGGAGCGUCUUAAAAAGGAAGAGGAAGAGAGACUUGCUAGACGUAAGCGCGUCGAGGCGAUUAUGCUUAGAACUCGGGGCAAAAAUCAGAAUAACACACCGACAAAGGGUGAAAGUGGCGAAGGCGAUAAGUUGAAAGAAGACAGUCCUAACGAUGAAAAUAAAACAGCACCAGGUAGUAAAAGCGAAGAUGUAAUGACAGCCAGUCUGAUAUCCGAAGCGACUCAACAAUUCAUUAGCGGAGAGCAGCGAGCUCAUCAUACGGAAAACAAUACUACUACGGACAUUGUGCAUAAUGGCACGCAUAGUAACGGCAUUAAUGAAAGUAAAAUUGUAUUGGAUAAUAAUCAGGGUAAUGUGGAAGGAGAACUGAAUGGUCAUCAUACAAAUCACGGAAACGGUAUCAACAGUCAAUCAAUUACACUGGAUAAUGCCACCGUCAAACAAAACAACGUGACCAACAACCUGUUAGACCUAACGGAAUUCGACUCUCUCAGUAAUAGCAGUAGUGGUCCAAUACUCGAACUGACAUCCAAUUUGGCUAACGAAGACACCCUCAACUCGAACCUAAAUCCAGCAGCUAUACCUUUCACUCCAAUGGCCAACACGUACAUGCCUACCGCUGCUAAUGCAAACGUAAAUCCGUUCCAGGAUUCAUUUAUCAACAACAAACCACAAGAUAAUAGUCAAGUACCAGAUCUUUUAUCAUAAUGCGCGCGUAUUAAACAUUCUGGUGAAAGGAAGAAGGACGAUUGGAUUGAGAAAUACCUUGGUUGCUUUACAGCGAGCAAUAGGUACAAUAUUCGAGAUGAUGUCAUUUAUGAGAUAAUGUAAAUAAGCGCUAUCGAUGUGUAGAAAUGGAGACCUAAGUAGAGAACGGGGGCACUACGUCAAAAGAAAAGAAAGACUACUUUGUCCUUAAACGUCACGGGAAAUGUAAAAUAAUAUAUAAUGUUAAUUAAUAAUAUUAUGUAACAGCAAAUAGACACUCAGUCCGUUAUAGUAUGCUAUUAGAUAUAAAUCUAAUCUUUUAGAGGACCUUUGAAGGGAAUAAGGCCUGUUUAUAACCUAUUGAUUUGAAAUACGCGUAUAUAUUUUAUUGUAUUAAAUUUCAUUAAAUUAAUUUCACACGUAAUUCUCGCCCAUACUGUAACGUAUAUCGCGGUCAGAAAGAUUUAUUCGAGGAUUUCAAUGAAACGAGAUUUUAUCGAACUUGACGAUGCGAAUAAUCGGUACAAUGAAAUCUUUAUGCGUAAACGAACGUGUAAAACGGCUUGACAAACAUAGCACAAGAUGGUGAAUUGGUUGAAAUAUUGUAUGAAACUUAUAUCUGCCAAAAUGACGUAGGAGGUAAGCUCCAAUGAUUGUCCUUACAUAAGAGAUAG